AUGGGUCAAAAACAAAUACUGAUAAGUUUACGAAAUACUAUCGCUUACUCACAUAACUUCUCCCCCAUCAAGUUGAAAAUAGACUCUGGCUUCUGUUCUCCUGAGGUGGCAACGAUUCCGAUUUUCAACCCGGUAAUACCAUCCUUGGGAGAAAUCCCUGGUGGUCUAUAUCCAGGGAAGAACCUCUAUAUCCGCGGACAGAUAACCGGUAAUGAUAUGUUCAACAUAAACAUCCAGUCAGGUGCGGCAGUUAAACCACGCGACGAUACACUGCUGCACAUAAGUCUGCGCCCGGCAAGUAAACUCAUUGUGUUCAACACUUACAUAAGUGGGGAAUGGCAGCAGGAAGAACAGGAACGCAAAGUUCGCAUCGCUAAAAGUAAGCCGUUUGAAAUGCUUAUCAAAGUGAAAAAAUCGCACUACACCAUUAAAAUCGACGGCAAAAAGAUUUACAAGUUCACACAUCGUCUCGUUAUUCACGUAGGCGAGGGCGGUGUGAUAGAAUCAAUCACGGAGAAGGCUUGAGGGCGUGCUAAUGUUGUUUCACUUGAAAUGAUUUUCUUUAUUACUAGUUAUCAAUUAAUCAGUUUUCAUUUAAGUUAGAUCGUUACGAGUAUAAAGAAUGCUAAUUACAACAAAAGAAAACGAACAAUUGGAAACACAUUGAACGUUUUCCUGACUUUCGUGUUCUUUUUUACAACUGCCUUUGCGAUUUUCAACCGGUUCUUUGAUAUCAUUUCCAU